CACAACUGUGAUCAUGGCUUUCAAGGUUUUCGUCGCCGCCUGUCUGCUGGCUGUAGCCGCCGCUGCGCCGCAGUACGCUCCUGCUCCUUACGCCCCCAAGCCUUACGCUCCUGCCCCUGCCCCAUACGCUCCCAAGCCUUACGCCCCUGCCCCUGCUCCUUACGCCCCUAAGCCUUACGCUCCUGCUCCUGCCCCCUACGCUCCUGCCCCUGCUCCUUACGCUCCCAAGCCUUACGCCCCCAAGUACGCUGAGCCUGAGCCCUACGACGCACACCCCAAGUACGCUUUCGACUACGCCGUCAACGAUGAGCACACCUACGACAUCAAGAGCCAGCACGAGGAGCGCGACGGAGACUACGUCAAGGGAGUCUACGAGCUGUACGAGCCCGACGGUAGCAAGAGGAUCGUCGAGUACUCCGACGACGGAUAUGGUUUCCAGGCUGUUGUCCACAAGGAGCCCGGCAAGGGAUACGCUCCCGCCCCGGCUUACGCCCCCAAGCCCGCUUACGCUCCUAAGCCUUACGCUCUUGCCCCUGCUCCUUACGCUCCUGCCCCUGCCCCUUACGCUCCUGCACCCGCCCCAUACGCCCCCGCUCCCGCGUACCCCAAGCCCGCUUACCCUGCUCCUGCUCCUUACAAGAAGUACUAAACCUGUGAUAAAACUAGUUACUUCCAAUUUUCAUCUCCAUCUUCCUGUAUAUAUGACAUGAAUCACUAGUUGUAUAUUUUUGUAUUACUUUACCAAAUACAUUUUCUAUAAAACCUA